AAAUAAUUGAUCAUUCGUUCUUAGUUAAUUCGGAAAGAUUAAAAAACAUGAAUUUGAUAUAUUCUAAAAUAAAAUGAUUGUUCUCAUAAAAUUUUGAAGAUAUGAUAUAUUUUUUAAAAUGAAUGAAUAUAUUCAUUUCGCACAAAAUUACGCGUUUGUUUCAUUUUUGGAAAAUUCUUAAAGAAGCAAUCAUUGGUCAAAUUGUCUAGUAAUUGCAGACCGGAUAUUUUUUAUUUGAAACCGAAAGUCGCAUGUAGAAAGGAAACAAACUGCCUCUUCUUGAAUUUAUCAAGUGUAAACAGUAAUGUGUGACACGCUAGAAGGUGAAAUACAGAUGAAAUAUAAGGCAAUGUUCAUAGAUGACACUAUAGCUAUCAAAGACGACAAUUUAGCAACUCUCGAUAUUCCGUCUGAGCAGGAAUUUGAGGAAACGACAAACGAUAUCGACUCUGGUGCUACAGGAUUGAAGACAUUGCCGAGAUCACAAAAGAAGAGAUUAAAACAUGAGUUAGCGAUGCAAAGGAAAAGGGAAUUGCGAAAGGAGAAAAGACAGCUGCAGAAACAGAGACUGCGAGAAGAAUCAAACACUGAACAAUUAAGAAAGUAUACUGUUCAGCCAUCAAAAAAGGAGCUAAGAGUAGAAAUAAAGUCUAAACUGGGAACGGCUAUGAUGUGUGGUCAGAGAAUUUGCAUUGAUUUGAGUAUGGAGAACACGAUGACCUUAAAGGAAAAAAGCAAAUUAGCACAACAGCUGUGCAGACUGUAUGGAGUGAACUGGAGGACAGAUGUGCCAGCUCACAUUUACUUCACAGGGUUUGACAAAAAGGGUGAUCUAUAUCAAGAAUGUGUCAGAAAAAUUGAUGGCUUUGAAAAAUUUCAGUUAUUACUGGUACUGUUUCAGGUUGAAAUGACAGAGACAUCUAUUUUGGAGAUGUUUAACAUCGAUGUCGUCAUAUACCUCAGCCCUGAUGCCGCGGACAUGUUGGAAGAUUUAGACAAGGACAAGGUGUAUGUUAUCGGUGGAAUUGUGGACGAGAGCGUCACCAAGAAUCUAAGCAAACAGAAAGCCGAGGUGUCUAACAUCCAAGCCUUCCGACUUCCUAUUGAACGAUAUAUGAAGAAGAAAGAUCAAAUGCAUUUCUCACAAGUUUUAGCUAUCAACCAAGUUUUUGAAAUAUUAGUGACGUAUCUUUCCUCAAGAGACUGGAAAACUGCACUCAGCAAGGGCGUACCAGAGAGAAAGGGUUAUGUUCUGAGAGAAUGACAAAUUAAAUGUUUUUUAAUAUCAUUUGAGUGAUUGUCACCAUCUAUUUCUUCAUAGUCUUUGAAACAUAUCCCAAUGUUGUUUUCAUUUCUUUAUCAAUUUCCCCUCUGGCUACACGGGCAACAAACGGAGAGAAACUAACGCGUACGAUCUCUAGUUGACAACAUGCAAAUUACAGAGGGGAAACCGACAGCUAACCUCAAUCCUUGUGGUUUAAUAUGAAUUGUAUGUGUUCUUUAUUCGUCUGUCAGGUUUCGCCAGGGCUAGUAAAGUUGUUGAAUUUUUUUCUAUUAAAACGCAAAGUCGCGUUUUUCAAUUAAUAUUGGUACAAUGGUCCAUGAUAUUUAAACUUUGGGUUUCUGUAAGGAAAACCGAUGCUCUUCAUCUAGAAUUUCACUCGCAUAGCAAAAGUUUUCUUACCGGGGGCAAUUUGUGUAUUGCAUGUGGUAUGCUAGAACACGUACCUACACACCACGCAUUGAGACCGGCAUAAUGAAUUAUAUCAACUGUCACGUUAAACAAGUUUUAUUCAGUUUCGUUCAAUUAUAAAACUUAACAAUCUGUGAAAUUACAUGAUUUGGUAAUAUCGUAUCACUGAGUUUAUCAAUUUUGAUAAAAAAUAUUUCAUAUAAUAUCCUUUAUAUUUUUCACAAUAUAUAAAUCACAAUAUUUUUAAGCAGCCAUCAAUCGCCCUUUGAAUUACGUUUUAAAAAUAUAUAAAAUACGUUUUUUCAAAUAAUUCACUGAUAAACAAAAAACGAGACAAAAAUCAUCCUCACUGAUUCACAUUUUCAUAAUAUAAAAAUCCCCACAACAAAAUCAUGUACAACAUAUGACAAUAGAUACAAGUCGCGCACGGUUUCUCAAAUAAAUAUAAAAAAACCCAUUUUCUUCUGUUUUUUAUUACCUAUACCAUACUGAUGUCUGGUGUUAAGAAAGAAGAAACAAACUCCCCGGGGGCCUUAGCAUCUGUCAGGAGAAUUGACCUUAGGUGAAAAACUACAUUACACAUACACAGAAAACAGAUCGACACAAACAUAAUCAAGUUACACUUGAUAUUUCCCGUCAGCGACUGAAUACUUCUGUAUUCUGUAAUGAAACCGAAAUUGUACUAUAACCAUUUGUCAACAGAAAAUUCACUUUUCCCCCCUUUUACAUCUUUCGCUCGUUCAGAAACAGCAGAAUAAAGCAAAAUGUCAAUGUUAGAAUUGUUAGAACAUGAAUCAUUUAACACACGUUUGCCUAAUUAAAAUAUGAUGAAAUAUUCAUUGAUUAUAGAAUAUUUUGUGGUGCAUAUUGUGCAAUCCCCCUAUUUUCCUCUAUACGAUUAAUAAUAUAUGAAAAGUUCAGGUUCAUCAUUUAUUUACAAAACCUUUCCUCGUUGUGAUAUAGAAAAUGAAAACAUCCUGCCAAACUAUAUCCAAGAAUUUGCUUUACAUAAUUGAAAAGUCAUAAUCAGAGGAGAAUGUUCUUGUGCUGGGUGGAGCGAUGCGGGCUCUGAUUAUCUUAAUUCUGACAGAAUGACUGGUAUGGAGAUGUACUAUGUAUGUCACACUCGGUUGACGGUCAAUACCUGAGCUACUAUAAGGGCUGAUAACCAUCUUGUUGAAGAUUAAAGAAAUAUUUUCUCCAGCAAGUUGAUAAAAGUAACAGAUGUGCGAUCAAAAUAUAAUUGCCACUAGGUAAAAUCAGUCUACAAAGGUAAAAAAAAAAAAACAUCAUUAAAGCGAACUUUUCUUAUACGGUGCCAUUGUAACCUUUUAUCCAGACAACAUGUAUCUGCUGACUCAGUGGAGCAAAAAACAAUCGAACCAACUUAAUCACUUAAUGUGUGCAUCUCUUGCUUUUGAAAUUCUACAAUAUAUGAAUUUUUGUACCGGAGUCAAACUCCAAACAUAGGUAAAAUACAAACGAUGUCGUAGGGGGGUUGGGGGGUUAAGCAUAACAUAACUGCGGGUCAGUAAAUACUACCAACCCAUACAUCACACAAAAUCAACCAAAAAAAAAAAUAAUGCAAUAUUACAGGUAAAACGAAGUAAGGAAUUUCUCUCUUAAAAUACUGAACAAAAAUAUCACUUUGACAAAUAUUUGUUAAACAUGAUAAAGACUAGUGUUAAUGAUACAGUCGACUGUUUCACCAAUAAAUUGCACUGUGACAUAAAGUAUUGUCAGUUUCAAAAAGAGAAUCAAGCCGCUUAUUACGAACUCCAUUACAAAAUAAUUUCUCUGUCCAGCACACUGCCAAUUGAUUCACGGUCGAAUCUGUCUCUUGUCUUUUUUUUCAGCCUAUCAUAUUCACCCUGAGUUCCUAUCUCUCUCUCCUUAGUUUCCAAUAAUGCACCAGCCAUCAGCCCCGUUAGGAAAAACCAUGUACAGCAGUCACCAGUUUUAAACAGUUGUUUCUGGAAUAUGUUAUAUGAAAAAAUAAAUAAACCAAUGUAGGGGGAAAAAUCAGAACAGCUCGUUACAUCUCAAUGCGUGAACAAUAAGCAAAAUAAACAAACAAAACAAAGAAGCAAAACAUCAUUAUUUCUUUUGACAAUACACUUUGUUUCAUAGAUUUCCAUGGGUAUCAAAGUUCGUGGUUUUACAAAAAAUAAAUAUUUGGUUUUCUGAUGCAUAAAUUCGUGUACUGUCGUCAUUUUGAUUUUUCCUCUUACAGGAGAACAACCUUUCUUUGGCAACUUGAUUUUAAAUAUUCCAUCAUGAAAACAACGAAAAUAAUGUUCAACGAAUGUUCAUGAACCGUUCCACAGAAUGCAUAGACAUGUAUUAUCAAGUGUACAUCCAUGCAAUUCUUAUGGUAAGAAUGCAUAAACAUCACCGUUUAAUUAUAGCAUAAGCAAUAUGAAUCGUGUUUUGGUUACUUUUCUGUUCAUACGGAUACCCUGUGUAUCAAUAGAGAAAUAUGUAUAUUAUGAAAAUGCAUAUUAGAAACAAAUCAUAACUUUUAGUUUCAAUAUUUAAGAAUCUUUGGACUAUAAAUUGGCCCCCUUCGUAUAGAUUGUGAUAUGGUCUAGUAUUCCAAUAUGAAAGGCUUUGAACACCAUAUAUUAAGACACAGGUUCCUUAUAUAUCGUAAUGUAAGAUUGUGUAAUAUCAGGAUUCAAUGUUGUCAAACAAAUUCCAGAUGUACAAACUUGGUAUAUUUUCAUGAGUCAAUAUAACGGUAUCUUCAUUUCAACUCUCACUAUACAUGUGUACGUGUGUAUAUAUCUUGUUUAAGUUUUCGUCCAUUUUGUUGCCUGAUGCUUUCAGGUACUGAAAUUCAAAGUGUUCAUCAUGUACUUAAUGUAUAAUUAUGUUUUGAGAAAUAAACUGAACUUGAACAAAACAAAAUAUUUUUUCUUACCUUUCCUACUUUGGGAGUCGGGUACAGCUGGUUUGGGUUGUCUUGGCUUUGGCGUAGGGCGACUGGCCACCGGGGGCUUUGUGUUGGCAGUCUUUGGUUGCACAUCAUGAGAGUUUGGACCAUCUGUGUAUUCUUUAUGUAGCUUAUUCUCUUCCGUCAGAACUUGGUCAUUUUCGACGUUUUGUGGACUAGAAACAACAGCUUCCAGUCCAGGAGGCUUGCGUUGUUUAUAUGGCUCAUGAUUUAAUUCUCCGUUUGAAAAAUGCUCCGUUAGUUGCAUGGGAGAUCUGUCCUCAAUUGUCGAUGAAAGCGGUGUCGUCUUUUUGAGAAUUGAUGGCGGAACUUUAGUAUCAGAUAUAGGGAUAUGGUUAGGUCUAGUUGGUGAAGUUGUAGAAGCAUUGAGGGGGGUAUUUGUAGAAGGUUUCACCGGAGAAGUCUCACCACCCUUCUUAUCGGUACUCUUUUCAAACAUUAGUCGUAACUGUGAAAAAGGCACUAUAGGUAUGGGCAUUAAUUCUUUGGGUUUUUCUUUAUUUCUGAAUUUGUCACUUGGUAAUGAUAAACUAGUUUGGGAUAUGGGUGCUUUUUCGGGAGUCAUUGGUAACUUAGGACCACGGAAAAACUUGGCACUAGGGGGUGUCACUCGAGUUCUAAUAACAACAGGGUUUUGCUGUGAUGGAGAUUGACAUGCAGAUGAGGAGAGACUAGGCGGGUAGCCCAUUGAUGACAUUGUUGAUGUUGAGUCCCUUCUCUGUUGGGAUCCAUAUAAACUAAAAGUACUACCACUACGUGAGACACUAGAAUUCUUAAACCAAUCAGGAACAUUAAGUUUUUGUAGAGAUUUCGACACCCGAAGUUCAUGAACAGAAGGAACACGUGCGAGGUUUCCCUCCCCUUUUGCUGAGAAAACAUCGUCUAUGUUUGUUUCAAGGGUCUGUAAACUCUUUGACUUGGCGACAUUUCUGUCUGCGAAACGACCCCGUGAUGUCUUCUUGGUUUGUUUCUUGACACCCAGUUCACUCAUACUGUGGGCCCUCUUGAUGGAACUCUGAAAAUCAAAGUCACAUUCAACAUCAGAAUCAGGGAAUAUAAAAAGGGCUUCUGUGGUUUCGCCAGUAUCUAUAUCUGUUUCAACUAGAGAAGCCAUAGAACUAUACCGCAUCAUAUCCGACCCACUCACUGAAAAACUAGUGUUUAAAUUGUCAAUGGAUUCCGUGGUAUUAUGAAUUUCUUCGUGAAUUUGAGGUGAAAACAUGCAAUUUUCAUGCAGGGAAUGCAGUUCUCUUUUUUCAAAUGAUUCGUCACAUGAAACACGAGAUGAGUACAAGCUGCUUAUAUGAUCUAUCCUUUCAAUACUGGAAUUUCUUAAUGAAUUUCGCGAUGACGAGAGUUCGCGCUUUUUGUAGCGUCCAGUUUUUGGAAUUGAGGUAAGUGAUGCUUUGUGCGAUGCAAAUUUGUCUUGCAUAGGACUUGGUGCCAAACAUUCUUGGCUUAAAAAUCUCUGUCGCAUAGCAAAUAUUUUCUGCCUGGAAAGGGGAACAUUUUUUGGAAACUCGAAAACAAAAGUCUUCCUCUCGGGUUCUGUUACUGGGGCAAGGAGGGCCGAGUCGUAGACUAUUGGUUGUCUCUUCCUCGGUACUUGUUUACUUAGCUUAGCUCUCACGCCCUUUGAAUCUCGACGAAACGAGGACGGUUUCUGCAAAGGUGUUCGAGCCACGCGACUUGUACCUGAUCUAUCCAAAUAUUUGUUCCAGAUUUCCAGGUUUUGAUCAUACACGUCUUGAUCAAUUGGCUUAGAUCGUUUCAUUAUGUCCAAAUCGGAUUCCAACACAUCAGAUUCUGUAGCGCCAGACAUAGUGUCAACAGGUUUACUAUCCGAUUCUGGAAUUGUUUCUACUUCAGAAUUAAUAUGAUCACAGUUAAGUGCCUCUUCUAUGCAAUGUAAAUUCUUAACAUUACUAUUUGCAUCUAAUACUUCUUGAUCUUCUGUUAUUGGUGGAUUGUAACGACUUUGUCUCGAGGAGUCUAAUAAUUCAGCGUUUUCGUUUGCAAUAACAUCUUUGUCUUGUGAUUUGUUAGAAUAAGUAUGGACUGACACGUCAUCGUUUGAAAUGGGCAAAUUUUCAAUAAGAAAGUCUACAGUAUCGUUAUCAUUGUUUGUUUUAUCUGGAAUUAUUUCCUCGUUUUGUUCAUUUUGUAUAUUUUCUUGUUCGUUUAAAAUAUUUUGUUCUUGCUCGUUAAGAUCUUUUUUCGAGGCUAAAUCCUCCUCUGAAAUGUGCAAUAGCUUGUCAUCACAAGAAGGAUGACUCUCUUCGCUUUCACUGAUUUCAUCUUCCUGAUUAGUACGCUGUAUUAAAUUCUUGUCACGACUUUCAUCUUGCUCUUCGUUGCUUGACUUGGUAUAUGAUAGAAUGUUUUCAAUUUGGACAGCUGAUGCAUUAUCUCGCGGAUUGAAAUCGAUAUUCGUUGCUGCUGUGUUGGCUUCAUUAAGAAGACGUGUUUUCUCAUCUAUAACAAUAACGUCUUCCUCGUAAUGACCAUCAUGAUUUUCUGUUUUAUCGGACGCGUCCUUUUCGAGGUCCUCUGGUGGAUAAGCACUCUCCGAGAUAACUGGGCAUUCGUUCAAAACUUCAUUUGACUCGUGAAUGACUAGAUCUAUUUCAUUGAUAUUGUUUAAGUACUCUGCGCUGUUAUCAGUAUCAAUGUUUCGUUCCCUUGUAAAAUAUCUGCUCCGAUGCUCUAUGCUUAUGUCUUCAGUCCUAGAGAACACUAGCGACUGAUUAGGACUAUGCAUAAGAGUCCUCAAGUCUUCACAAGGGUGUGAUAAUCCAGCAAUGUUUAAAUUGUUUACUGUUUCGAAAUUCCUCAAAUGUCCGUUAUUCCCCACAACCAUAAAGAAGGAGUCGCUAUCAUCCGUAUCUUCACUCGAGUCGCAGUAGUCGUCUUCAAAAGGGUUAUAUUCUCGAGGUUCAAUGUCAUCGUCAAAUCUGUUGUCGUACGCUAAACUUUUCCGAAUUUCUUCAACGAAAGUGGGGCUCAAUUGGCCAUUUUCAUUGGUUUUCUGUCUAUCUCCCUCUUUGCGAAAUUCACUUUGAUCAUUAAUCGACUGAACAAAUUCUUCAUAAUCCAAAUCACUUGCAGUUCCCUGUUUUUUGUUUGUGGCGUGCAAAUCCGUGAGUAUGGUCACUUCCAAAUCUUUGGGUACUUCUGCAUUUAAAUCUCUUUCGAUAGUGUUUGCUGAUUGGCUUGAUAUCGUGAAGUCAGAUUUGCAGCUGUCCUCUGAAGAGCUUUCGACAUUGUGUAUGAAUGCGAGGAGGCUUUUGUUGGUUGGGUCUUUGACCUUUUCACAUUCGGACAAAAUGGAACAUGCUUGACUAGUUUGCUGAUUAUCCACUUUCUCUUUCGCUUUGUUUAAUUCCCACGUGUUGACACUCACGACUGUCAUAACCGAGGCACUACUACUACAAGUACUGCACGAUUCAUCAGACAGAUUUUCGUCAUCGUCAAUUGCACACGUUCGCACAGGUAAAUUGCACGUAAGUUCCGCUUCGUCUGAGUCCAAGUAUGUCAGAUUUUCGGGGUAAUUGUUAAAAGUAAUUAUAUCCGACUUUGAAUCAAGUUCUCCGCAUUCUUUGGUUUCAGUCUCGUUAACAUUUAAACUCCCCUCUUGCUGUUUUUCAUCGUUUGUCACAGUGGGCGUAGUUAAUGCAUCUGAAAAUGGCUGUUUACUGCUACCUGGAAAAUGUUCGGCAGUCUCUUCUUGGUUUCUUCUAUCCAAUCCGUUGGGAGCAUUUUGCGUUUCAUUACUGUUAAAUCCAAUUUCAGUUUCACUUUCGUCUGUCUCAUCAAAAUCAUCGUCAGAGUCUUCCUCAAUGAUAGGUGCUAACGUCUGAGGAAAAUAUACUUGAUUAUCGUCAACUGGACUACAAUGAAACCCCCCUUCAUCACUCCCCUCUUCCUCGUCACUCUCGGCCCCCUCUUCCUCAUCACUACUGUCAUUAAUUUGCAUAUCACUCUCUGAUUCUUGUACUGCACUUCUGUAUUCGCUAUUUACAUACAUUUCCUCGAGCAUUUCACUUGACAGUGGUGGUGAAAUAUCGUUACACUCUGUUGAAGAACUUUCAUCGUCCUUCAACCUUUUAGCAGACGCGAUAAAGUCUUUUGCUGACCGACGGGUGUGUACGGCGCCAUACAUGUCCUCUUCCCAACUGUAUUCGGCCCAGGUAGGACUAUCGUCUUCAUCAUCUGAAACGCAGUAGUCGUCUGGCCCCGAGCCGUCAUUUGUGCCGCGUUCCGAUAUUACAACGUCCGAAUUUGAUAUGGCCGGCACUUCGGCAGUGAGGCUCUGAGAGGUAGAAUUACCCACAAUGCGUUCAUUUGCGUUGUCACAUUCACCAUGUUUAUCGGGUUUUAUCGCCGAAUUUGUCAAAUGUUUUGAACUGAAUUUUUGUUUGGGGCGGCCAUUGUCAACUUGGUUAUGUUGUUCCUCCAGUAGCCUCCACGAGAACAAUAUAGUUACUAUUGUAGCGAUGGCGGCUGUCAAAAAUCUCUCGAAUGCCCCGUCGGUGUGGGACCCUAGUCCGGCGCCUUUCCCUAUAUUAUCCAUCAUGUACCGUGUCGAGCGGAUGUAAACACACCUGAGAUAUCCUUGGUAUGUCACAUUGUGUACCUUAUAAACACGAGAUAUUUAACACGGCUUGUUCGAUAAAUAUAUGAUCCAUCACGCAACAAGUCUCAUUCACUUUAGUACUAGGGCCAGCCAGAUGUGUCCUUGUUGUCAAUUUAUGCUAAACACUGUCCAUUUAUCGCUGAAUUUACACAUACUACUGCAAGCUUAGUUGUCAAAUAUAGACCGCUGUUUGAGAAUUUCUCUCCAGAAG